UUGGAUGUGGGACCAUUCUCAACUGAAACAAAGUUGUGGAUCAUGAACUUAAUGGUCGAUGGCUCUCUACAACGGGUGGACGACCAUCAGCUACGCUCUCGCGAUUUCCUCUUCUAUCUUCUGCGAGAUUCAACCGUCAACAACGCUCACAAUCACGGAGAAGUUGGCAAUCUCGUCAAUGUCACGCAGAACUUGUUAGGUUUCUUACAAAGUGAUGUGUUGCUGUUGAAUGGGUUAGCGCCAUCGUACUAUGGCAGUGAUACGAGUGUGUUCGGUGGCCUGGACAACGUCACCACUGCAUGGGCCGGUGAUUAUGACCAGUGGUAUUAUGCCCAGUCGUCAGCUUUCGUCGAUUCCAGAACGAUGAAUGUUAGCAGCAGCUACAGUGAGAAUGACUAUGACUUCGUUGGCACCACGUAUAGUAACAAUGACGUGUCGGAGAACUACUCGUCGCCUUAUCUCAUGCCAUGGCCACAGAGGACUUCCUGGAUCGCCAUCUUUACCCUGAUGCUCUUUGUUGCUAUUGUUGGAAAUACUUUAGUUGCCUGGAUCGUACUCGCCCAUCGAAGAAUGAAGACAGUCACCAAUUAUUUCCUGGUCAAUUUAAGUCUGGCUGACUUGACAAUGUCUCUGUUUAAUUGCAUCUUCAAUUUCACCUUUAUGCUCAACAGUCAUUGGCCAUUCGGAGGUUUUUACUGUACCGUUAACAAUUUCAUCGCCAACGUCACAGUUGCAGCUAGUGUCUUUACACUGGUGGCAAUCUCUUUCGACAGGUACAUUGCCAUUGUUUACCCGCUGCGACCGAGAAUGAGCAAAUGCAUCGCCCGGAUCGCCAUCAGCCUCAUCUGGUUGGCCAGCUGUAUCUUGGCCGUCCCUUGCCUUCUCUACUCACAGACAAUCUCACACAAGUAUUCCAACGGCGAAGUUCGAAUUGUUUGUAUAGUUGUCUGGCCAGACGGACUGCCAUCCGUUUCUCAACAGGAUUUCAUAUAUAAUAUCAUUUUCACCGUGCUCACUUACUUGAUACCGGUGAGCGUGAUGGGUGUCUGCUAUUCGAGAAUGAGCUACAUCCUUUGGCGGAGCCAAAGUAUUGGAGAAUUAAACCAACGUCAAGCAGAAUCCAUUCAAUCCAAACGCAAAGUGGUGCGUAUGUUCAUGGUGAUUGUUGUGCUCUUCGCUGUCUGCUGGCUUCCCUAUCAUGGCUACUUUGUCUACCAGUUCAUCGACCACCAAGUCAUUUCCUACAAAUACGUCCAGCACAUUUUCCUUUCAUUCUACUGGCUAGCAAUGAGCAAUGCCAUGAUUAAUCCGCUAGUUUACUACUACAUGAAUGCCAGGUUUCGUCAGUACUUCAAGACGGUGCUCUGCCACUUUCUAUGUUGCGGACGGCGACUCUCGACUAUGACGGAACUGGCGGGUGCUGCAGCUCAUCUCGGACAGCCUGGUCGUCGUUCCAGUCCCGAUCGAUCGCUACCGCCAGGUCCGAUUAUGAUUCAUCAUGGUCUGCGGUCACGACAGAGCCACAGUGGACAAAUCGGCCAUCCCAAUGGAUUGUGCGGAGUCGUCCGCCAUCAACCAGACCAUUCCUCGUCGUCGCAGAGUAAUUCGCGUCAUUCGAUCCAGCACACGGGACAUCAACGUUGCCUCAUUUUUGGAAAGUUCCACGAGCCGCAUCACAAACAGACGCAUCCAAACCACUUCCAUCAUCAGCUCUAUCAGCAUCCGUCCUACUAUUCGCCAGAUCCAAGCGACAAUAGCGCUGGCGCCAUCCGCUGGAUUACGGCGCGCAAGAACUUUAACUCCGCCUGGCUGCCGCUGACGACGUUGUCAGCACCGCCAUCGCUCGAGAUUUACAACUCGUUGACUCAUUGCCAAAAUUAUCGGCACGCCAACCGCAACGGAUACAACAAGGAAAACUCGCUCUGGGCCGACACGAAAAUCUAAUAAACCGAUACGUCACCCAUGGCAAAUAGAGUUUAGAAAAUUGUGCUGCGAGAAGCUCUCGGAUCGCUUGAAUUGUGUUUCUGCGCACCGAGUUUGGGAGCAAUCGUUCGAUAAUAAAAAAAAAGGCCGAUUUAUGCGGAAUAUUAAAUUUCGGCGGAACGUAGUUUCGUAAAAACGAAUUCCGUAAGAAUUGGAGAGUGUGCAACUUCCAGGAUUACACAUCGGCUCGCGUGGUUUGCUCAGUCCUAUAAUUCCCUUUCAUCCUAUUCUGUGCAUAGCAAAUUUUAGCUUGUUGUUCUAUGAAAUAAUACAUGAUUAAGAGCUGAUUAUUUUUGGAUUCGAUAGUUCUAAAUCGUUUGCGCAGUUUAGAGAAUCAAGAAAGUGUAAACUAGUUAGACUAUACAAAGCGAACCACACCUCUCACAAUAAGAUGAAUAGGAUUAAUUGCAGUACAAAUGUGUGGGUAACGUCAAAAGAAUUCAACGUUGAUUGUCAUGACCGCUCUGGUGAAUGCUGUGAUUUUUUACAGAAAAUAUAUACCUUGUCGUGAAGCACUAUCCGCUAAGACGGUGUUAUCACAAACACAAUCUGAACAAUAAAUUUAUUUUUCUAAAGGAACAAGACGUUUUUCAUAAGCUGCUCGUUACGUCAUUUUUAUAAAUCGUGAUAUAGAUUCGCCAGUCUCCUGGCUCGUGUUCCGUAGAUGCUAUACGUC